AUGAAUAAAUGGGACAAGUCGAGUAAAUCGAGUUUCCAUAGUGAUUUGAAGAAGUUGAAAGAGGGGAAGAAGUUAGAAGAAGCAGCACGUAUGUUGAAAACCUAUUCGACGAAGAUUAUGGCGCCGACUUAUAGAGAUCAUUAUUUUGGUCAUGAAGUUCCCUCCCUCAAAGACUGUCACUGGUGUCAAAUCCGCAGCUUCUCCAAUGCAAAGGAAUACCCAAUCUCCAUUGUCUGCAAAGACGAAAGCUUAACUCUUCCUGAGGAUUUCACGUUUAUCGAAAAGUCUAUUCUCAGGAAAGGAGUUUCCCGGGCUGAUCCUGAGUUUCGAGUCGGAUGUGAAUGCAGUCACAACUGCCAUGGAUUGACUUGCCACUGUCUCCAAGAUUCGGAGGUUGAUCUACCAGAUCAUAAUGUAUAUGCCUAUCAAGCGGGGGCAAUAGCGAAGGAUCUUUUGGAUAGCAAAGCACCUAUCUACGAGUGUCAUGAAGCCUGUGCUUGUGAUGAAACUUGUGAUAAUCGAAUUGUUGCAAGAGGACGACGCGUACCAUUACAAGUCUUUCGCACCGAAAAUCGUGGUUGGGGUGUCAGAAGCAAAGUUCCCAUCAAAGCCGGUGCAUUUAUCGACUGCUAUAUUGGCGAGAUAAUCACCGCUCAGGAGGCCGACAGACGUCGCGACAAUGCAAUUAUCAGUAGAAGAAAAGAUCUUUACCUCUUCAACAUCGAUAAGUUCACCGAUCCGGACAGUCUCGACGAGACUUUACGUGGUGAUCCAUAUGUUAUCGACGGAGAAUUUUACGCAGGACCUAGUCGUUUCUUUAACCAUUCCUGUGAAGCCAACAUGAGAAUCUUUGCUCGUGUUGGAGAUUAUUCUGAGAAAAACCUUCAUGAUUUGGCUUUCUUCGCAAUCGAAGAUAUUCGACCAAUGACGGAGCUAACUUUCGAUUAUGUGGAUGGGAAGGAUGAUGGAGAGCAGGGAAGUGAGAAGUGCUUGUGUGGAGCUAAAUCGUGUAGAAGAUGGCUUUGGUGA